AUGACUAGCCUUUACAAGAACCGCUUGCGCCCUGCAGCUGGUAGCAUGGAUCCCUUCGGCAUGCGACAAGCAGACCUUUCAGGAAAGAAGAACUUCAUAGCAUUCCGAAAUAUGAAAUUGAUCCCCAUGGAAACGUCAUCAUCUGAUGACAGUUGUGACAGUUUUGGUUCUGAUAAUUUUGCAAACACCAAACGAAAGUUUAGGUCAGAUAUCACAGAAGAACUGGCUAAAAUUUUUUGUGAGGACUCGGAUGAUGAUUCGUUCUGUGGUUUUUCAGAAAGUGAGAUUCAAAAUGUAUUGAAAUUGGAGUCAGACUCUAAGGAAAAUGAUUUACGUGCUAAGGAGAAGUUGCAAUAUAGGAGACGUGAGAGACGCUCGAUUCCUCUGAAAGUGGCUAUGAAGUUUCCAACUCGAAGGUCUAAAAGGGGAAAGAGCGAAAUAGCAUCACCCCCUGAAAUACAACCAUCUGCUCUGGAUUCUGACUCUGAAGAAAAGGGCCCCAAAUUCUUAGAGAAAAGAGCUUUAAAUAUAAAGGAAAACAAAGCAAUGCUUGCAAAACUAAUGGCUGAAUUAAAAAAUGUCCCUGGUAUUUUCACUGGCGGAAGAUCAUUGACAACUACCAGCCCACGACCAAAACGGGCUCCAAGAAGCUCGUUUCCCCAAAAUGCUUUAAGGAGGAACCCAGACCGAAUUUCUCGGCCUCACACAAGAUCCAGGUCCCUGAUUGAUGGGCCACCUACUCCUUUACAAGAGGAGGAAGAUGAUGACAGGUACAGCUUAGUGAGGAGAAGAAAGCUAUCUGAUGAGUACUCAGAGCAAGAGAUUCGAACUCCCAGGAGAAGUCGCCCUGGUGCUAUGGCUCUUCCUCACAUAGUGCGUCCAGUGGAAGAAAUAACAGAGGAAGAGUUGGAUAAUAUUUGUGAAACUGCCCGAGAUAAAGUAUAUAACCAGGUGAUGGGAUCCACUUGUCAUCAGUGUCGCCAAAAAACUAUAGACACAAAAACAAACUGUCGUAACCCAGACUGUGUAGGUGUGCGAGGUCAGUUCUGUGGACCUUGUCUUCGCAAUCGAUAUGGGGAAGACGUCAGGACUGCAUUGCUGGAUCCAAACUGGCGCUGCCCACCUUGUCGUGGAAUCUGCAAUUGUAGCUUCUGCAGACAGCGGGAUGGCCGGUGUGCUACUGGUGUGUUGGUUUAUUUGGCCAAGUAUCAUGGCUUUAACAAUGUUCAUGCUUACUUAAACAGUCUGAAACGUGAACUUGAAAUGGAAGAUUGA